CCAACAACAAUUUUUUACUUAAAUUAGGGAAGAAGAGUCCGCCCUCAAUUCAUCAGCUGGACGUUGAUGAUUCGGGUCAGAAGAAAUAUUAGUUGUUAUAUCAGUGAUGUUGAUGUUGCAGCAGUACCUUGUGGUUUCGGGCGUGCAAUUUGGAACAAGGUGUGGUUGUGUUCUCCUUUUUGCUGUUUCUUGAUGGAUCUAAUUAUAUUAUGCUGAAAGUUGAGAACAAAUUAAUUGUUUGGUGGUGACUAGUUGUAUUUAGAACAUAAGUACAGAAUUAGGUAAGUUAUGAUUUAGAACUUCUCUCUUACUUGGAAUCGCCCUACAACAAUUUCUAGGCUUUUGUCAUAAAAUAGGUUUAAGCAUGAUUUCUUCCUGGGUUUUUUUGGAACGUCUUGUUGAAAAAUGGGCAACAUAGGGAGUCAGACCUACGUCAUGCUUGUGCCGAAAAAGAAAAAGCCACCAAAAGUACAUUUACAAGUACAUUUACAGCUCUUUAAUCCACUGGAGAAAGGAGCAUAAUUCUAUCAGAAUGCAAUUAUUCUAACUGUAAGUUUCUUCAUAUGAACACUAAUAAUACUACCAUAAGCUUGAGACUCCAUUGAAACAAUUUAUUUGUGUGACCCUUAUUAUGCAAAUGUGGAGUUACUAAUCACCAUUCCUUAAUUCUUUUGGUGUUUUUGACAAGUAUGGAACCAUUCUCUUAUUUGUGGUAUUAAUUUUGGUUGAGGUCCUCCAAACAGGGAGCCGUAGGAUUGAGGAUGAGAGUGUAUGGUCGUACUGUGUGCUUUGUGAACUGUCACUUUGCUGCACAUCUAGAAGCUGUCGGUCACCGGAAUGCUGAUUUUGACCAUGUUAAUCGAAGUGUGAUCUUUAGUCAACCAUCAAACUUUCUCAGUGCUGCAGCUGCUGGUGUCUCAUAUGCGAUUCAAAUGCUUCGCAGUGCAAAUGGUGCGUUUAACUCUGCAGAAGCAACUCCUGAGCUUUCUGAGGCAAAUAUGGUUGUGUUUCUUGGUGACCUGAACUAUCGGCUUGAUGGUAUUUCUUAUGAUGAAGCAAGAGAUUUUAUUUCUCAAAGGAGCUUUGAUUGGCUUAGAGAGAGGGACCAGUUGCAUACAGAGAUGGAAGUUGGGAAUGUCUUCCAAGGAAUGCGUGCAGCAGUCAUCAGAUUUCCUCCAACAUACAAUUUUGAGAGGCAUCAAAAUGGCUUAGCUGGGUAUGACUUUGGUGAAAAGAAGCGGAUUCCUGCCUGGUGUGACAAAAUUUUGUAUCGUGAUAGCCGUUCCACUUGCAGCUUAGAUUGUCCCGUCGUCUCAUCAGUUCUGCAGUAAGUUUUUCAUAUAAUAUUUCUGUGGCUUUUAUUCUUCUUCUUCCAGUUCAUUUUGUUUUUCUUUAUACAAGAGUAAGACCAAGAAGUGGUGUUUCAUCCUUCAUUUCUCUAUUCGUUUUUCAAUAAUUGCCCCCCCACGCACACACACACUUCUUCUUUUGUCAUAUUUAUGUGUAUCAAUCAUUGCCCACCUAUUCUUCUUUUGCCAUCUUUUUCUGUAUGUUUUUUCAUAUAUAUAUAUAUAUAUAUAUAUAUAUUUCUGUUUCCUCUGUUCCUACUCUUCUAAAUAGAAUUUCAGAAGCAAUAGUCUGCACAAAUAACAUAAUCCUCCUAAACUUGGAUGGAUCCAUCUUGCGCAUUACAAAUAAGAGCUGGAAAAACAAAGCUAUUUUUGAAAUAAUUUGCCAAGGCGAGUCCACUGUUAAAGAUGAUGGGCAAGAGUUUGAUUAUCGUCCAAGAGGUUCUUUUGGUUUCCCUCGUUGGCUUGAGGCAGUCACUUAUUGAAAAGUGUGUGUACAAGGAUAGUGUCAGAACCCUAUGGAUGGGGAGUAUGGAGGGUCAAUCAGAGCUUUAUGGAACUCUAUGGAAGAAAUGCGUUUCUCAAAGUUGGAAAUGGCAACAAGAUCAAGUUUUUGAGAGAUGGAUGGAUUGAUCAAAUUCCUCUAAGUGAGUCCUUCCCAGAUCUUUUCUCAAUCUGCAACAAUCCUGAAGCCAGAGUAUGUGAAUGCUGGACAACUCAAGGCUGGGACCUAAUUUUCAGAAGGUUAUUGAAUGAUUGGAAAGUAGAUAGGGUGGCUUCUUUCUUGGGAAAAUUGGGGGAAACCAAUCUAGUAACAAAUGCACCAGAUAGAGUUAUUUGGAAGCACAACAAGGAUGACAAAUUCACAGUAAACAGUGCUUACAAGAAAGGAAUACAAGUUGGGGUUAGAGGCUGCCAUCAUCACUGGAAGAGUAUAUUAAUGUUGAUCCCAUCCUGAAUGCCUGAGGUCCUUGUUGAAAAUUUUCUGCCAAUUCUUCUUGGCCUAUAUUUAUUCAGGAACAUGUUACCUUAUACCACACCUGAGUACAUAAUAAUCUCAGCUUUUGGCCUUACCUACUAUCACUGAUUCAAUUUCUUAUGUUUCUGCAGCUGGAGAUCAAAUGUCUGACAUCAAUCAGGGAUAAUGAAUCCAAAGAUAUGCCCUUCUAUACUGAAGAAGAGAACAUGGAAUAAAAUAACAUGGAAAUGAAAUCAGAGGAAUACAGGGUUGAAGACAGAUUGCAGGUUUAGAGUCCAAAAAAAGGACUGUAUACACUAAUUACACAUCAAUGUAUAGGUUUCAGGUUCUGAUAUACGGCAGUAUACAGUUGGGAUACAAAUGAUAUACAUCAUAAAUGAGCCAAAAGCCCAAGUUUUCUAGUGCAGCAGCCCAAAAGAGAUGAAUAAAAUAGAAGGUCCAGGCAGCAGUAAUGGGUCAAAAGCCCCAAAAAUGUCCAGCAGCUGAUUUUGAUUUAAAUGGGUCAUAGCCCGUUAUUUUGGGAAAUUUUUUUUAGAGUUAGGACAGGUUGGGCCAAAAGCCCAAAUCUGACUUGCCUCCUCUUUUAUUAUUAUUUGUUUAUUUGUGUAUUAACUCCCUAACACUUGUUUUGGUUUU